AUGGCUGAUGAGAUGGAAAACGACCCCUUAUGCCCAACUGUCUCUUUCACGGCAGCGGAGAAGAUAAGGUGGAGAAGAGAAUGGCGUUCGGCUUUGGUGGUGAAAGGCUUGGGGAGGAAGGUUCCGUAUCUGGCGCUAUCCCGUCGUCUUAACUUCCUGUGGGCCAAACAUGGUGAUAUUCAGAUUUCAGACAUAAAGAACGGCUACUAUCUGGUUCGUUUUAGGAGAAAGGAGGAUUAUGAGAUAGCCACAAAUGGGGGGCCGUGGAUGAUGGGAGAGACUUACUUAACAGUGAUGCGAUGGUUUAAGGGUUUUAACCCAUGGAAGACCGAAGUGACGUCAACACUGGUAUGGGUACAGCUCCCGGAGCUACCGAUAGAGUUCAUUAACAAGGAAGCUGCUAUGAAAAUCGGAAAGCUGAUCGGAAAUCCAACACGGGUUGACAGGGCUACAGAGGAGGGUGCAAGAGGCAAAUUUGCCCGAGUAUGUGUGGAGGUGGACCUAAUGAAGCCGUUGCUAUCGAAAUACAAAAUUGAAGGCGUCGAGUACCUAAUCCAGUAUGAAGGACUUGAGAACAUAUGCACGGACUGUGGGACUUAUGGGAGACCGACUAAUCACUGCCACUGUAAGAACCCUAUUGAGGUGGUAGCGGAGUCGGUUGAGAUGGUACCAGAAACGCAAGAUGUUGAACCAGAGAAGGGACCUGUCUAUGGAGACUGGAUGAUGGUGAAACGUAGGGACAGGCGGAUGCAAAAACGAGGUAAUGGUUUUGGUUCGAAGGGAGAUAUCCAAAAGCGGAUGGGUAAUAUGGACGAAGAGCAUAAUCGGUUUGAGGUGCUGGGAGAUGAGACGCAAACAGACAAGCCUGCGGAGGUCGAACGAAACAUGUAUAGGACACCUGGGAAAAAACAUGAAGAGGUAACGCGACGCAAGGUGACUCAAAGGACAAAUAUAGAAGAAACUACGUCGACGAGCCAUGCAAAGCAAGUGAACAAUAAAGAAGCACAGAAGGUGGAUACAUCCAAAGGCGAAGAACAAAAUAUAGUGGGUCAGGGUCGUGGUUUGACCACUAAAAAGAGCAAUAUGCCAAUUGGGAAAGGAAAUGAAGUUGCACCCCAGCAAAACCAUGGGAAAAACCCAGCGCCGAAACAAAGCAUUCUGAAGCAGGGUGGAAAGCUGGGUAAGGAGAGUAACCGUGAAAAAUUUAGAGAAGGUGAUGGUGGGCGGAACAAUAUACCACAACGAAAUGGCGCGGGGAGCCCAUCCCCUUUGGGUCAUAGAUGA